AUGGCCUGUGCCAAUACCCACGAUUCGCGUCGCCAUAGGCUGAUAGGAUCUAGGAGAGCAGGGCGAAACCUAUUACGACUAUGCAUCGUCAACGCUCUAGCAAUAGGCAGAGUGCCUUUCAACGGAGCUCCUAAUGGAUGUAAACGGCAUGAUGCAGGACUGCUAGAACCCUGGCUGUUGCGCAUAAACAAGGCGUUGUCCAAGGUUGACAGCGCUGCCUCCUUCAUGCUGGGAUGGGCAAGGUGUAUCAAUUAUCUGAAGCCAAACAACUCAGUCCCAACAGGAUCGCUCAAGAUGCUCCAAUCCAACCCACAAGCGAACAUGCAGCUUUAUACCUUGACAGAUUUUGUUAUUCGACAAUAUUCCUUCUUCCAUCCCAUAAAAAGCACUAAUACUGCACAGCUUGUCGUCAUCAGUCAACAACUGCACUUCCGGUCCGCUUACCUUGCCUUCCUCAACUUGAAUCCAAGGGAGUAG